CACUCUAACCGCUGUUGGCUCGGUCAUGUGAUCAGCUGUGUCCAAUCACAGCUUAUCACAUGGCACUGAUGAUCAGUGUGCCCUGAUGAUCAGUGUAGCCCCAGCAGUGCCAGCUGUCAGUGCUCAUCAAUGCCAGCUGUCAGUGCUCAUCAAUGCCACAUAGUGCCUACCAAUGCACAUCAAUGCCACAUAUCAGUGCCAGUCAGUGCCACCUAUCCAUGCCAGUCAGUGCCACAUAUAAGUGCUGCCAAUCAGUGCCACCUAUCAGUGCCAUAUAUGAGUGUUGCCUUUCAGUGCCCAUCAGUGAUGCCUGUCAAUGCUCAUCAG